CGUAGACAUCGUCCGGAGCCUCUGACCCCGCAGCGAGUCCUGAUCCCCUCGCUUUGUAGCACUUCUUCCGGAGAAAGCGACGUCGCGCCGCAAUCAGUCUUCGUCUCGACCGUUCGUGCUUGACACACCCGCGCUACUGCGCGCGGAGCUGUCUCCUGCAUGAUAUAACUGGGCAGGGUGGGCGACAAUGCUGCCAUCCGCACAUCGCAAUGUCUCAGUCUGUGAUUACUCUAUACGAUAUACACUCUACUAUUCCACAGCCCUGGGCCCCUAAUAUUUGGCGCAUACGGUUCAUCCUCAACUACAAACGUCUCCCGUAUCGUACAGUAUGGAUUGAAUUAUCGGAAAUCGAGGCAACUUUGCGUAUGAUAGGGGCGCAACCAACGUCGUACAGGUCGGACGGACGUCCGGUCUACACACUACCCGUAAUUAUCGACCCCCUGCGGUCCAUGAGCGCGCCGGUCGUGCUCUCAAACCCCAACACAAUCGCUGAUUACCUCGAGACGGCGUACCCUGCGAGACCGGUGUUCCCAGAGGGCUCUCGGGCCCUGCAAGCGCUAUUCGUCCACUACAUUCAGGACGUCUUCGUCAAGCCCCUCCUUCCUAUUCUCGUUCCCCUCACCCAUCAGCGUCUCCCCGAGCGCACCCAGGCGCAUUUCAGCCGCGGAGCGGCACCCACUCCUCCGCCGACCGCCAUGGUUGGUCCUCAACGCGAGCAGGCGUGGAAUGCCGUCAGAGAACAAUUCGACUUCCUAGCUGGAAUACUCGACAAAAACACGUCGGAUGGCAACGGCGCUGUGGCGAUGGGCCGCGAUGUUUCCUAUGGCGAUUUUGCCCUAUGCUCCGUUCUGAUAUGGGUCGAAAAAGUGUCUCCACACGACUGUUGGGCCCGGAUACGGGAAUGGAACGGAGGUCGAUGGGCGAGGUUGUACACUCGCUGCCGCGAAUUUAUGGAUGUCUUCUAA